UCACCUACUACCAUGAGCGUGAACUCAAAUCCUCUCUUCACGGACUUCCGGUAAACUUGAUUUGGAAGAUUUGCAAACCCCACAUAUCCUUCAAGGUUCUUCUACUCACCCAUGGCGCCGGCGGUGCGCUGCAGGCGCUGGGCUGCGGCUCGCUGCCCUCCCUCCGCCGCGGCGGCGCGGACCGAGCUGCCCCCUCCUCCUCCUCCUCUUCCUUCUCCUCCUACUCCUCCGCCGCUACCGCCGCCGCGGCGCGCCUCUGCCCCGCCGCCUCUCCAACGCCCUCUGCGCCGAUCCCGCCGAGGGGCCGCGGCUCUUCCACACGGCGCCUACGCGCGCAGGCGGCCGGACGCGCUUAACGGCUCGGCUCCGCGCUCCCGGCGCCGCCUCCUUCGUCCCUCGCCGCCGCCUCGCACGCCCGCUCACACGGCCCCUGCCCGCCUCUCCCGACGCGCAGCGCUGGCGGCUUCCGGCUCGGCCCCUCGGCUCGGCGCGGGACUUCGCAGGGCACUCGCUGCCGCUCCCCACGUCUCUUCCCUCGCCCCCGCCUCUCGCGGCGCGAGGCUCGGCUGCUAUUUCCUCCCCGCCCGCCCCCUCUUCGCCGCGUCCCGUGUCAGAGAAAUAAAGGUCCGCUCGGCGGCCAUUUUGGAAGCGGGCACGCGCCGGAAAGCCAAAGCCGCAUCGGCGGGCCGCGGGAUUUGCCCGCAACAAAGAUGGGUGGCGGCUUCGACGGGUCGGGCGGGACGGCUCCGGCUCCCCUCCUUUUUCUGGAACGCCGUCACCCCAAGCGCGGAUUGCAGAGCCCGCCGGGCGCUGAGGAGAGGCGGGCGGAAGAGCGGUACCCGGAGCUGCUCCUCGGGCACGUCCGUCUCCCCGCCGCACCGUCGCGAGGAAUCCUGCCGACACCGGCCGAGGAGAGGGCUGGAAGCGGGCUCUCCCCUCCUCGCAGUAAAGCCCGCAGUCCCGUUGACGGCUCGCAACUCGCGGCGCUGCCGCCUCCCUCCCCUCGCACGGGCGGGCACGGCCGCUUCCCGCCGCGGGAAGAAGGGCGGGUGGCCUCGAGAGGCGGCCGCGCUGCACUUCAGACCGGGGCUCCUGGUCGCCACCGAGGGUUCCGCCUUCCCGGUGUAAAAAAGGGGAUUUUUGUGAGGCAAGCGUGAGCUCUGGUCGCCGAAACUGAAGUGAAAGAGCUGCUAAAUCAUCUCUUCCGCCGCCGAGACCCGUCAAUAGGUCCAAAGUCUGCCCUUCUGGCCAACGGCGGGGGGAUGCAGUGAAAAGUUAUUAAAACGUACCGCUGGAAGAUGCCACAUAAAGCCCUUCCACGAGUGUUCCUACACCCUGUAAAUCACACUGCUACCACAGCGCUCGGCUUAGUGUAGCCCUGGCACUCCAAAUUGGUGCCUCUAAGUCCUGCCUCCACCCCUGAGGAGCUCAGCGGUGGUGCUGGAAAAGGGGCACGGCAAAAUAAGCAAAAAAGAAUUACUUCUGCCCUUCCCAUUCAACUGCAGACCUCGCUGUUGUGUUGUACUUUCAUACCUGGGGCAUCUCUUUGGAGCCGUUUAAGCUCCUGGAUGCUUUACGCCCUCACUGAGAUGCUGGAUACCUGUAUUUAUGAUGUGUGAUCUGAAACCUUACACCCCUUUUGUGUUUGGGAUUUCUGAGCGUGGUCUCAAGGUUCCUUGGCUUUUCUUUCUCACAAGACAUUGCAUUUCUCAAGUAAAGUACUCAGCAAAAAGGGAAACGUGCUGAAUUUGUUGUGUCUGUGAUAUAUUUCAUUUCUACUAUUUUUAAGGGUACAUUUUAAGAGGACGAUGGGGUACUGGAAGGAUGAAAGCAGGAAGUUCCAUUGCAAUAGCUGAAGUGGGCAUGUUGUUAAAGCAGUGAUUGAGUAGGUAGAGUCGCAGCAAGGCAGAAAAGAACAGCUAUGAAGGGGCUAAGACAGUCCUUGGUUCUUUCUGAUUCCCAUCCAGUUCUUUCUCAUCUGUGUCUUACAUGUGAUAUACAAAUACUUUUUACAACAACACUGAAAACUGAUCUUUUUCUUUCUUUUUUUUCUUUUUUUUUUUUAUAUUCAUAAAGGUAUGCAGGCCAGCACGAUGCGGUUCAGUGCUCUUUAAGAACUGGAAGUGUUACAAUAUUCUGUGGUACUUAGAUGCCCAAGGGAAAGAGAUUUUUAUUAUCAUUGGUCACAGGACUGCCAAAUGUUAUCUCAUAAAUCUGUGUCUUUCACAAUGCAUGAGGUAAGAAAUAACCCUUUUUUCAUUCUGGUUGGUUUAGGUGGUAAUGUCCAUGGCCAUGAGAUACGGCUAUGUUGCUUUCGUGGUGAUUUGAAUACCAAAAAAGAGACACUUUACACCACAGAGGUUGUUCAUUGAAUGUCUACUAUGGUCCCCACAACUCUCCCGUAAAAAUACAUUGUGGGAAAACAAUCAGAUGAGUAAGACUUGCUUUCUUUCUUGUAGUAAAGGCUCCAGAUUGCCCGAAAAAAAAUUGUCUUGGUCUUCAGAUAUGAUGAGAAAAUGGCCAAAUUAUGUAGCUGUUAAGGAUAGCUUUGAAAAGGGAACUAUAGCUUUUAAGGAGUUUUCUUUUAAGUAUUAUAAUAAGUAUUAUGGACUGAUCACUGAAGAAAAAAAAAGCAGCACAAAACAGUGAGCUUGCACUUUUGGAAUCUAUUCCAAAACUGGCACAGACUUAAUGAGGAAGCAAGAUGCACGCCAGUGGGUUUUAUGUGAGGUUAAUGUCCCUUUUUUCUGUGUUGUGAAUAGCAGGGGGGUUCUCUUCUCAUAAGGUAAUUUACAGGGUUCAGGAGAUUCUACAAAAUUGUGUAUAUUUUGAGAAUAAAGCAAAUGCAAAUGGAUCCCCGAGGCUUACAUGAUAUCACAUUCUGUGUAAAAUACAGCAAAUUGCACCUUUCACAUCUCCAUAGUGAUCUGCUAUUCUUCUUCAAGAAGAGGAGACUUCACUGCAUCAUCAGCAAACUUCAAGACUCUUUAGA